AUGGUAGUGUGGCGAGGCUCCCAGGAAGACGUGGCAGACACGCAGGGCGCGCUAUCCUCGCAGACCCAGGGCGGACUCUCUCUGCCGACGCCCGGGCAGCUCGGUCUCACGGCUUCGCAAGUCGCGCCUCCCCCGUCUUCGCAGCAGCAGCAGCAGACGAACGCGCAGUCCACCCCGUCCAACCAGCAGAAUUCCUCCCAGAACCAGGACAAGCAGCCGCAGCAUAUCGAGUGCGUGGUGUGCGGGGACAAGUCGAGCGGUAAACACUACGGCCAAUUCACGUGCGAAGGCUGCAAGAGCUUCUUCAAACGCAGCGUGAGGAGGAAUUUGACCUACACGUGUCGCGCCAACAGGAAUUGUCCCAUAGACCAGCACCACCGCAACCAGUGCCAGUACUGUCGGCUGAAGAAAUGCCUCAAAGUGGGCAUGAGACGGGAAGGUAUUCGGACUUAUUUGUUUGGCUCUCUACGCGCGCCUGUGUCGGUGCAAAGGGGACGAGUACCACCUACGCAGCCGCACCAUGGCCAGUUCGCGCUCACCAACGGCGACCCGCUGCACUGCCACUCCUACCUGUCUGGCUACAUCUCCCUCCUGCUGCGUGCCGAGCCCUACCCCACGUCACGCUAUGGCAGCCAGUGCAUGCAGCCCAACAACAUCAUGGGCAUCGAGAACAUAUGCGAACUGGCGGCACGCAUGCUCUUCAGCGCCGUGGAGUGGGCCCGCAACAUCCCGUUCUUCCCCGACUUGCAGAUCACGGACCAGGUGGCGCUGUUGAGGCUGACGUGGAGUGAGCUGUUUGUGCUGAACGCGGCGCAGUGCUCCAUGCCGCUGCAUGUGGCGCCCCUGCUGGCCGCGGCGGGACUGCAUGCAUCGCCCAUGAGCGCAGAUCGCGUGGUGGCGUUCAUGGACCACAUACGCAUCUUCCAGGAGCAGGUGGAGAAGCUCAAGGCGCUCCACGUGGACUCUGCAGAGUACAGCUGCCUCAAGGCCAUCGUGCUAUUCACUACGGACGCUUGCGGAUUGUCGGACGUGGCACAUGUGGAGAGCUUGCAGGAGAAGUCGCAGUGCGCGUUGGAAGAAUACGUCCGGAGCCAGUACCCCAACCAGCCCACGCGCUUCGGCAAACUCUUACUGCGUUUGCCUUCGCUGCGCACCGUCUCGUCUUCGGUCAUUGAACAGUUGUUUUUCGUCCGCUUGGUAGCGCAGGGAGGCGGCGGCGUGCGCAGUAUUAGCUCUGUAACGGGACCUAAUGAGGUGUCACACGGGACGGCGCCGUAA